AUGUCACUUCCCGUCUGGCUCCUAGCCGUGCUUGUGGGGCUCAUUGUAUACUUGACAACCUACGUCGUAUAUCAGCGGUUCUUGCAUCCACUAGCCAAGUUCCAAGGUCCUUUCUUCGCAUCUCUUACAGAUCUUUGGCAGGUCUCUGAGUUUCUCUCCCUGAAGCAGCCGUACAAUUUGACUGCACUCCACGAGAAAUACGGGCAGUUUGUCCGGUAUGGCCCGGAUAAGAUUAGCACUACAGCUGAAGAUGCUAUACCGAUCAUUUACCAGAAGGGCGGUAGAAUGUUUCCUAAAACUGAAUUUUACGAUGCCUAUGGAUCGCACAUUCCGAACAUCUUUGGGAUGCGUGACGAAUCGAAACAUUCUGUCAGACGACGACACAUGUCUUACAGCUUCUCUGCCUCGUCUGUAAAAAAGAUGGAAGACCUCUUGGACGAGAACGUCAAGAUCUUGAAGCAGAAAUUAUGUAGAUAUGCUGAAAGUGGCGAGGCUGUUGACCUCAAAAGGCUCUUCAAGUUGUAUACCAUUGAUGUCCUUGGCGAGUUAGCUUUCGGUCGGUCCUUUGCAGUUCAGGAAACUGACGAUGAGUCCCGCGUACCACCGGUAGUCGAGCAUAGCUUGCUCGCGGCAGUGACUGGGGCAUGGCCUGCAAUGACAUACAGGCUGAAGCGAUGGCUUCCAAAGGUGCCUUCUCGAACCUUGAAACGAUUGUUCGAGGGCCGUGCAGCCGUUGCUAAACUGGCAGCAACGUGCGUUCAAGAGCGACUCACAGCCUUACGGAAUGCUAAAGACUUCGACGAUGAUGCAGCCGCACCAGAACGGAAAGAUCUCUUGACUAGCCUCAUCCUGGCCAGAGAUUCUGACACCGGAGAGGGAUUGUCUCAAAUCGAUCUCGAGGCUGAAGCGUUUGGUUUCAUCAUCGCGGGAACCCACACUACGAGUGCUACCACUUCACUACUCUUUUACCAUCUGCUGGAAGCUCCUCAGAUUAUGGCAAAAUGCGUUACUGAGAUUGACUGUCACCUCCCGGCAUUGUGUGAAGACAAGCCAGCAUAUGCGCUUGCGGAGGUCGAGGCUGCACUCCCUUUUCUCCGGAAAUGCGUCAAAGAGAAUUUCCGCGACACCCCAGUCUUCACAAUGCCAUUGGCUCGCAGAGUCCUUACUCCUGAGGGUAUAACCAUAGGAGGCGAGUACAUUCCCUUUGGGACCUCGAUUGCAGUUUGCAACCAUGCGUUUCACCACAAUCCAGCUGUCUGGGGCGAUGACCAUGCCAUUUUCGAUCCGGAUCGGUGGGAACGGCCUGAAACAGCAGCGCGUGGACGCUAUUUGAUGCACUUUGGUCUUGGUGGUAGGCAAUGUAUCGGGAAGACACUUGCGCAGACAAACAUAUAUAAGCUGACGAGUACUCUACUACGGGAGUUCGCUUUCGAGUAUGUACGGUUAGGGAGCAAAAGGGCGGUGAACCAAAGCGGAGAAAGAGGCCAGAGCCUGGGAGGAUUGCCAGACAUGGUAUCUGUAGGUAUCAGCGAUCUAGAACAGCCUCUUAUGGUCAAAGUCCGCAGAAGAAGUCAGUCGCCAUGA